UUUCAGUUUUCAAAUCUCAAAAUCAAAUCUGUCGAUGACAAACGAGAAUCAAAAGGAUCAAAAGUUUUUCACGUUUUUCAACAGUAAAUUAUAAUUUAUAUAAAAUUUUAAUAUUCACACCUGAAAAAUGUAUGAAUUUGUGAAAGAAACCGAUAAAGUAUUAAUUUUCACCAGCAAUUCAUCAUAUUUUCAAGAUAUUGAAGACGAAAUUAAAAAAUCAGAAGGAAAGAAACCAGAAGUUUUACAUGAAGAUCUCGAAGUAUUAUUAAAAACAAAUCCAACUUUAUCAUCAAUAGACAUAAUUCUCGUCGCAUUUGAACAAUCGUUUUCCUCCAAUAAUGCGGUACUAAAAAAAUUAUUACAAUUUCUAAAGCCGAAUGGGAGAAUUAUUUUCCGUGGAUCUGUUGAGCAAUUAGAAAAGUUGGAAGAAAGUUUUGUUUCAAGACUGAAAUUAAAUGGAUUUCUUUUUGAAUUGUCAAAAACUGUAUUAAGAAAAAAAUCAGUUGAUGAAGAGGAAAUAAUUUUCCGUGAAAUUUAUGCAAAGAAACCGUCCUACGAGGCUGGUUCCAGUGUGGCACUUUCAUUUGCCAAAGAACCUGUUAGUAUGUGGAAAUUAGAUGAAGAUGAUGAUAACGAUAAUGAUGAUAAUUUAAUUGACGAAAGCGAUCUCUUGGACGAAAGUGAAAAAGCAAAACCAACGGAAUCAUCGUUAAGAGUUUGUAGUACAACUGGAAAACGUAAGGCAUGCAAAGAUUGUACCUGUGGUCUUAGUGAGGAAUUAAAUGGCAAAACUGAUGAGGAGCAGGGUGUUAAGUCUUCAUGUGGAAAUUGUUACCUUGGUGAUGCUUUUCGAUGUGCCAGUUGUCCUUACUUGGGAAUGGCUGCCUUCAAACCAGGAGAGAAAAUCAUUCUCGACGAUUCCCAAUUAGUCAAUAUUUAACAAUUCCUUCUAAUUUUUCUGAAAAAAUUAUGUUACAAAUUCAUUAAAUUGGCAUUUUCAAAUCAUUGUAAUAAUUGUAGAAAAUAUUGAAAAAAUUAAUAAAAAUUGUUUCGCAAAUUUA